GGGACGGCCGCGCCGAGGCACCAUGCGGGCUGCGGGGCUGCUGCCGCUGCUGCCGCUGCUGCUGCUGCUGCCGCUCGGUGUCAGCUCUCAGGAUUCUGCAGACCUAGGACAAGCCACGACCCCCAGAACUGCAGAAGCCACCACGACGACCCCGCCUGCAGGCCCUAAAGGGACCACACCAGCCAGCACUACACCAACAACUACCACACUCAAACCCACCACCACUGUCACAACUCAGACCACUGUGUCAACAGCCACCCCUCAUCAAAGCAUCGCCACCACCACCAUAACCAACCCGCGAGUGGCUCCGUCCCCCACUACUGCAUCUCCUGCCCCGGUGGCAGGGGCCGCCCUCACGGCACCAGGGAGCACAGUGCCUGCUGCCCCCCCUUCAGCCAGCACGUCUGGGCAGGACAGCCCCGCACAGAGCACCCCUAACCCCAAAACCAGCCCUGCUACAAGCCCCACUGGUCAACAGCAGCCCGGCACUACAGCCAGUUUGGGAAGCUCAGGCACCAUCACUGCUCCACAAUCUGCCGUCAUCACUCUUGAAACCAAUUCUCCAGGAGUUACAGGGGCUGUUGUCACAUCCACUGCCACCACAGAGUCUCAGGGAAAGCAGCCUAUGGAUCAGGAUCCUAAGCCUAAUAUCACUACGAGCACCCCAGUGCCGAGGACUGACUCUUCCCAAAGCUCCAAGGAGUGUCCUAUCACUCCUCCGCCAUGUGCCACCAAGCGGCCUACUCCUUCUUCCAGUUUUCCAGCCCAGGGACCAAUCCCUUCCACCAGUCCUGGAAGCACCAAAAUUGUUACCCCUCCAACUGGAUCCCUGUCCCCAGCCACCACUCCGAUGUCACAACAUGGCAGCAAAGACACGGUCCCAGAUGCAACCACCAUGACAGCUCCUGGGGCAGACCAGAGCACGCAGGGCGCUGGACCUGCGUCAGCCGAACCCAGCGGUGCCUCCCAGAGCCCUGCCAGUGCCCAGCCCGCAGCCCCGGGGGACCACACAGAGCGGGCAGAGAGCUGCACCUCUGGCCACCCACAGCCCAACGUCUCCUCCUCAAACCAGCUCAUCUGUAGAGAAAAGGUGCAACAUACUAGGACCUCCAUCCACCUGAAAGAACCCAGAACCUGUGAUGAGUGGGAGGCUGCCAGCAAGAACAACUCCUUCUUUGAGAGCUUCUGCUCCACGGCCCAGCAGGGAUUUGAUGCCAGCAGGGACUGGUGCACGGUGGUGCUGACGGCCUGCGAGAGCCCCUCCCGCCACUGGGCCGUGAGGGUGGUCCUGCACUCUCCCCUGGACUCUGGAGAAGUCCUCAUGGGGCUGAUGGAGAAGAAGGACAGGUUAGAGGAGCUUGGCAUCAUCAACGUCACCUCUGACAAGAUGGUGGAGGACAUGACCAUCAAGGACGAGUUCAGCACGCCCCUGAUCAUCACCAUCAUCACCCUGGCCGGCUCCCUGCUGCUCGUCGCGGCCAUCUACGGCUGCCACCAGCGCCUCUCCCAAAAGAAGGACCAGAACAUCCACCCUGAUGUCCCCGGGUUUGAUGAUGGACAUGUGGCCCUGAUCUUUAAUCAGCGCCUGACCGAGGAGAUGCAGACCAUGGAGAAUGGCUACCACGACAACCCCACGCUGGAGGUGAUGGAGACCUCCUCUGAAAUGCAGGAGAAGAAGGUGAACCUCAACGGAGAGCUGGGGGACAGCUGGAUCGUUCCUCUGGACACCCUCAUGAAGGAGGACCUGGAGGAAGAGGAGGACACGCAUUUAUAGGAUGCAGAACUUGAUCAAGAGAAAAACAACCACCACCCCCAAAAAAACCCCAUAAACCCUACACACACACACACAUACACACACAAAAUAAGGCAAAAUUCUCCCCCCAAAAAGCAGAAAAUCCCUUGAUGAACUAAUUGUGGCCCCUUGUGGCACCACAUGGGGUGCAGGAUGGAAGAGAAAAGGACAUGAGAAGACACCUCUGGGGCACAACAACACAAGCCACUUUGGUGGCCACAUCUGGCCAAGCAUCCUCCAACCCCCACCCACCUCCCACACCAGCCAUGGGCUGACAGGGUGGCUCUGCUCCUGAAGAGCUGCUGGUGUCUCCUCCAAGCAUGUCCCCUCCCAUCCCACAUCUGACCACGCCAUCCUCCAGCUACUGAACGACUCAAAAAUCAAGAGAAAUAAAAUAAAUAGGACAGGAGAUGGAGUGCAUCUGACAGCAAAGCAGCACCUGGCGAUUACAGCUCGACAAAUCCUCUGGCCCACGCUGUUUAGUCAUCACCCUGCCCUCCCUGACACCCAGGUAGUGAAUGAAAAAAGCUGGAACAGCCUGUUCCUUUUUAAUCCAGUUUCCAGCCUCUUCCCAGAGCUGAAACGCACAAGAGCCCCUCGUUGUGCCAUGGGCAAAUGGAUGCACCCAGAGCCAGUGGGAUGGCAGGGAUGCAGCAGUGCCAAGGGAUGCUCAGCCCCCGUGCCAAGGGCUGAGGAACAGAUCCUGCACCCACCUGGUGAGAGAGGUGCAGCAGCUUCUUGUUUUGAAAGGAUGAGAUGGAGGGAGAGGAAAAGGAGGAAUUUCUUGAGUUCAUCCCUCUUUAGGAAGGGUGUGGAGAGCAAGAGUGAUGUCUGGUCUCUGGCCCAGGCGUGAUGUUGGGGGUUUUGUGGUGCAGGAGCCCAGCUCUGGUGCUGCAUUUCCCUCUGGAAGGAUCAUUUGCCUUCCAGGAAUUACACAGCAGCAUCUCACAGCCCUCACCCAUCCUCCACGAGACUGUGGGACACAGGCACCACGAUGGUUUGUGAUUUUUGAGGGCACAUUUUCCUGCAUGAGCAGCAAGUAGAAGAGGCAAAAGAGCAACAGAAUGUGAGCCAGGGAGCUCAGUGGCAUUCAGGUGGCCUUGGUGUUUCACGCCCUCAAGGUUUAAAAGCUCAGCCUCAAGCUCUUCUUCAUGAGCCACUAAAAUAACAGACCUGCAAAGCAGCUCCCAGCUCAGCAGCAAAGCUGGGGCUGAGCUUUGUCCUGCAGCCCUUGGUCUGUCGCCCAGGUCUCCCUUUGCUGAAGUCUUUCAAGGGGAGGAGAAGAAAAACAUGGCUGGACUGAGGCCAUUUCUGGAUUUUGACUCCUCACCACAGCUCUAAAAGGUUGGGGAGAGUUUCAUGCCUUUGCUCUGGUGAAGCAGCUCAGGGCUGGCAGAGGCAGGAUCAUCCUCCAGGACCAGAAGGUGACCGGGCUGAGUCCCUCUGCCAGAGUGAGGAUGGAGCUUGUCCCAAACCCUCUGCAAGCCAAAGGAGCUGCAGAUGAGAGUGAAACACAGCCCAAACACAGCCCUGCUCCUCUGCUCGCCAUACACCAAGGCACAAUGGGGACAUUUCCUCUGGGCUCUGCCACCAAGUCAACCCGACUGGGAUCUGCUCCCACGGCUGCACUGAACGAGGGGAAAAGCAGAGCCAAGCAAUGGGAAGCUGGGAGAAGCCCUGGUGGAGUUGGGAGUACUCAGGAAGGAGGAUUGGGGUGUUUUGCUCAGCCCCAGGACAGGAACUGGCAGAAGAUACAAGUGGCUCUUCCCCCUUCUGUCCUGCACUGAAGGGCAGAGUCUGAAGUGUUCAAACCUUUCUAUUUUUGUAUGUAAAUAUUCCUGCUAUUCAUUAGCAAUGUAUUCCGCACACUUCACUUACCUGUGCACUGCACUAUGGGGAAGUCAUUUUGGAGGGGAGGGGAAAUAACAAAUAAAAUAAAUUAAAAAAAAACUUAAAAUCUUAAAAAUAAAAAAAAAGCAAGAAAAAGCUAAAGGCCAGCCUGGUAGGAGAUAAAAAUUUGACAUGAAGCAGAAAAACACCUCUUGCCCAGGUAACUUUGUGCCACAGCUUUGUCCCUGUUCUGGCAGCAUCAAGUUCAGCUCUUUAGCGUGGCUAUGAGUCUCAGAGAAUGGAACCUCGGCAUCCACAGCUGCUCCUGUGAGCAUUGUGGCCAUUCCUCACAUUUCUGUCCUUCCCAGAAAACAAACACAGGGAAAACACAGGGCAGCAGCAAUGCUGUGGCCACCAGGGCUGAGCUGCCACAAGGACACCCCUGGAUGGCAUCUCCAGGCUUUGGCACGUGCCUAAAGAUUCCCCCUUCCCAGCAAAGAGAUGCCAAAGUGCUUUAAUGAGUCAGGUCCAAAGACUUUCCAAGAGAAUCCUACAGAGGCUUGAGAUCAAGUAACCUUAAAUCUUUCCGAGCAGAGACCAGUGAAGAUGUUAACUGCUCAGCAAGUGCUUAUAGUGAUUUAUAUUUGAAUAGGAAUUGUACAUUUAUUUAUUUUUCCAGACACCAUAUUUUUAAACCACUAAUAUUUUAUAGUAGAUUUUCCUUCCCCUAUUUAAAAGAACUAUUUCCACAGGAAAAGAAAACAGUACAUUUGUUGUUUUUUUUUAAUGUUGAGAACAUUCUUUUUUUGGAAAAAAAAAAAUCAGGUAGGAAAUGCAGCAAUGAGCAUCUUUGGCCUUAACCCUUUCCUUUGUAGAGUGUAGCCAUAAUUGUUAGACCAAAAAUAAUAAAUAAAAAAAUAAGAUUUACCCAGGCAUUUCCUUCCUCCCUGCCCCUCCUCCCUUCCCUGUGCUCCUCUUCUCUGCCCCAAACCAGCUUUAACAUCCCACACAUUGUACAAAGAGAGAUUCCUGCUCUUACCUUUGGGCGAGAGCUUUACAAGCAGCUCAGAUGUCCUUGCAAGAGACUUUUCUAUUUUCAGAUUCAAGAGGAAACGUGUAAAUACUUUAGGAGCAUUUUAUCUCCCGCUCACAGUGCCGUGACCCAGCUGAUGAGGUUGAUACUGUGACUGCUGCCUACAGAAGACACACAGAAGUCAUAAUCCAUGAGGGACUGGUGAAGGAAAACCUAAUUCCCCAGGUGGUUUUUACCUGUUGAACCUUGCACAUAUAGUAGAGCUCUUACAUACUGUGUGUAGCAGCACCUCUCAUGGGGACAGGAGUCUGAUUUACACUGGAAUUUACUGAGGAACUGGAUUGUAAGAGAUUAUUCUUGCAUUUUCCUACAAAUAUAUUUUGAGAGCAUCAUGUAUUUCUGUCAAUAAACAUUCUUAUGUAAAAGA